AUGGUCGCCGCCAAUAAUGCCGCCGUGAACCAAAGUAGAUAUGUGGGUCCUGAGCUGCGUCCCGUGGAGGGUCUGCAGAUCCGAACCCUGGACGACCCUCGUGUGGUUGAGCGUAUUCGCAUCCUAGACCAAUACUGCCUUGCCGUCAAGUACUCGGACUCCUACUAUGAUACGUACUUGCGGCCGUGUGGCCAUCAGUACAAUCAGAUUGCACUAUAUUAUGACAUGCUUGUCGGUAGCUGCACGUGUCGUCUGGAGAGCACAACGAACGAGAACGAGUAUCGUUUGUACGUCAUGACUAUUGCUGUGCUUGCGCCGUAUCGUCGAUUGGGUAUUGGCAGCCACCUGCUCGAUACUAUACUGAGAAACGUGGCAAAGGAAACAAAGCUUUGCAUUCGGGAGGUGACGCUUCACGUGCAGGUGGGAUCUGGUGCCAUGGAAUUCUACAAGAGUUUUGGCUUUGAAGUGGUGGAGAAAGUACCGAAAUACUAUACUGGCCUUGAAGAGUGCGAUGCUUUCAAGCUUCGCAAGGUGGUGCCGCAGAUCGGUACUGCGUCUACGCAAUCGCAACGUGCCAAAAGUGGUGGCGUAAAGAACGGAAAGAAGAAAUGA